GGUCCAGACUGAGAGGGCGGACGAUGGAGCGAACUUGGGUCUGGGGGCUACUGCUGCUGGCCGUGGCGGGGCUGGGGGGCGGGGAUGCCCAGCGGGACUGCAGGGUGAGCAGCUUCAGGGUCAUGGAGAACUUCGACAAGAAGCGGUUCUCAGGGCUCUGGUACGCGAUGGCCAAGAAAGAUCCGGAGGGGCUGUUCCUGCAGGACAACAUCGUCGCCCGCUUCGCGGUGGACGAUGACGGCUCUAUGAGCGCCACGGCCAAGGGCCGCGUCCGGCUCUUCAAUAACUGGGAUGUCUGCGCGGACAUGGUGGGCUCGUUCACGGACACGGAGGACCCCGCCAAGUUCCGGAUGAAGUACUGGGGAAUGGCGUCCUUCCUGCAGAGAGGGAAUGACGACCACUGGAUCGUGGACACGGACUACGACACGUACGCCCUGCAGUACUCCUGCCGCGAGCUGAACGAGGACGGCACCUGUGCCGACAGCUACUCCUUCGUCUUCUCCCGGGACCCGCUGGGACUGCCGCCCGAGGCCCAGAAGCUGGUCAGGCAGGGACAGGAGGAGCUGUGCCUGGGGAGGAAGUACAGGACGAUCGUGCACAACGGAUUCUGCGAUUAGAGGCCUGGCAGCUCCGCGGUCACCGCGUGCUCCCCUCAGCCAAAGCCCCGCCCGGGGAACGACGCGGAGCACCCGCUGCCGGGAACGGACCGGCGCUUCCCGGAGUGAAGACGGAGGAUCUGGAUCCCAAAUUACGGGCUCUGGAAAAGAGCCAUCUCACUUGCAUUUCGUUUCUCGGUCAAAUUAAAAUAUUCCUAGUGGA